UUCCGUGGUGUACUCAGUCUAUGGUGAAGCACGCCUCCGCUCGAGUCCUGGAAACGCUUACACCUUGUGCUUCCGCCAGGAACAAGGAUACGUCGUUCUAAAGUGACGCUCCAAGUGAUUCAGACCGACCGAAACCGAUCGUCUGAUUCGCCGAUAUUUCGCCCGUUGCCCCUAACCUUAUCCAACCUAACCUCCUUUUCGCCCCUUCUACUCUCAGUGCUGAACAGUGUUGGAUCCUGUUUUUUCGCGUUCGCUCGCUUGUGACUUUUCUUCCUGACUGGCUCACCUGGUCGGAAUUCUCGUGUAUUUUUGUGUGUCGUUUCCGAUCACGUGCAUUUUAUAUUCAAUUGCGCUUCGCGGAUCUUGUCAGCCUGCUGGGUUAAGUUUAGUGUCACGUCACCCUCGACGGUUCCUGUUUUUCCGGUCAGAAAAGCUGGUUUGCUUUCUUCCAAGCGUUACCAUUUGUUGGCGAGUUCUGAGAGUGGAGGAUCUUUUUUGUCAGAGAUAAGUUGAAUUCAUUAGUCGUUCGCGCCUCUCGAUUUACCACCGUUUUGUCAAAGUGCGCGUUGGCAAAGGAUCAGGUGGUAUCUUGAGAAUUCCAAUCGCGGAACUCGGACAUAACCUCAAAUCGCGUGCGAUCGAUAUAACGCGACGAAGAAACUCAAGGAUGCAAUGAGCGACGACAGUAGCGGUAGUGACUUUGACGACGAUGAGGAUCCUGAUAAAAUCGAGGUACCGGGUGGAGGUAAAGACCUCGCAACAGCGGCAGGAAUUGCCAACAUCAAAGAUGAAAAACCUCCCAUUAUACCACCUGGAGCUGCAGCAAAAGGUCUAGGCGAUGGUAACUUACUAAAUCAGAAGUUCGGUGGUAAAAUCCCGGGUGGACUUGUGACAAAGGCCACAACUCCUGGAUACGAGAUGGUACGAGUAGGGGGAUCGCAAGGUGCUCCACCAGGUUUCAUGAAUGCCAAUCAAAUGGCUCAGUUGAACCAGAUGGGCCCUGGUGGACCGUAUGGGUUUCCUCCUGGUCUAGCAUCUCUAGCGGGAUUUAAUCCUGCUGCUUUCCUUCAACAAACAAUGGAAAUGGGUAAUUUACUCGGAGGCUUUAUGGGUAUGGGAAUGAACAUGGGUGUGAAUCCAUUUGUUCAACUUUUAAACCAGAGCGGUCUCCACCCUAAUUGGUCUGCAGGACUUUCCGGCAAAGCUGUAUCACAGUUAUGGAUGAAUUCUGGUGAUCCAGGGAAAAUGAGCAUGCAGCCAACUUUACCGGAAGAAGAAGAAGUAGAUGACGAGGACAUGGGCGUUGCUGAGACUUAUGCAGACUACAUGCCAACUAAAUUGAAACUUGGACGUAAACACCCAGACCCGGUGGUGGAAACUGCAUCGUUAUCAAGCGUUGAACCUACAGACGUUUGGUAUAAGGUUUCAAUUCCUGAGGAAACUAUAAGAACUGGUGCUCUCUCAGCAUUACAGCUUGAAUCUAUUACGUACACCUCCCAACAACACGAACACCUACUUCCUGACGGAUCACGAGCUGGAUUUCUAAUUGGAGACGGUGCUGGUGUUGGAAAAGGUCGUACCAUUGCUGGAGUUAUAUUUGAGAAUUACUUAAAGGGCAGGAAACGUGCCAUUUGGGUUUCGGUUUCAAAUGAUCUAAAGUACGAUGCUGAACGUGACUUGAAAGACAUCGGCGCAUCUAAAAUCGAUGUUCAUGCAUUAAACAAAUUCAAGUAUGCAAAAAUUUCGUCAGCAGUCAACGGCAACGUAAAGAAAGGUGUCAUCUUCAGCACGUAUUCUGCUUUAAUUGGAGAGUCGUCUCAGAGUGGAGGGAAAUAUAAGAGCCGAUUGAAACAACUUCUUCAGUGGUGCGGAGAGGAUUUUGAUGGGCUCAUUGUAUUUGACGAAUGUCAUCGGGCUAAGAAUCUUUGCCCCACUGGUAGUUCCAAGCCCACAAAGACUGGUUUGACGGUACUGGAACUACAAAAUAAACUUCCUAAGUCCCGAGUAGUUUACGCCAGUGCUACGGGAGCGUCUGAGCCUCGAAAUAUGGCGUAUAUGGUCCGACUAGGAAUGUGGGGCGAAGGGACACCAUUUCCCGAAUUCAAUGACUUUAUCACCGCUGUCGAAAAACGUGGCGUCGGUGCUAUGGAAAUCGUAGCGAUGGAUAUGAAACUGCGUGGUAUGUACAUUGCACGACAGUUGAGCUUCCAUGGCGUUGCUUUCAAGAUCGAGGAGGUACCCCUUUCGAAGGACUUCACCAAAAUCUAUGAUCAUUCUGUCCGAUUGUGGGUAGAGGCGAUGCAAAGAUUCCAAGAAGCCGCCGAGCUGAUUGACGCCGAGAAUCGGAUGAAGAAGACCAUGUGGGGUCAAUUUUGGUCGUCGCAUCAACGUUUCUUCAAGUACCUCUGCAUCGCUGCAAAAGUGAAGCACGCCGUUGCAGUGGCGCGGGAGGCAGUGAAGUGCGGUAAAUGCGUGGUCAUUGGUCUGCAAUCGACCGGCGAAGCACGUACCCUGGAACAGCUUGAGCGAGAUGACGGCGAGCUCAGCGACUUUGUCUCCACGGCAAAGGGCGUACUGCAAACGUUGGUCGAGAAGCACUUCCCAGCGCCGGAUCGCAAUCGAAUUCACAGGCUCCUGGGCUUGGAGCCACCCAAAUCCCGCGAUGGAGACGACGACAUGGAUGGAGCCGGAGGAUCAGCGGGAGGAAGUAAAAGGAAACCGGUACGGCAAGCAGCGCAAAGGGCGUCGAAGAAGGUCAGAACCUGGUCCUCCGAGGAAGAGAUCUCCGACGAGGAGCGGAACGGCGGACACAGCUCCGGGUCCGAGUUCAAGCUGAGCGGAACCGAGAGCGAGGAGGAUAAUCGGACGGAAGAAGAGAGCAACGCUAGUUCGGACUUCAAUCCGUUCUAUAGCGACAGCGAUUCCGAUGCAGACCCGUGGGACAGGCGGAAGAAAAAGGGAGGGAAGAAGCAGAAGAAGCCCGUGAAGAAGCGACUCAGCACGCAGGAUAAGAUCCAGUCGAUGCUUGCCCAUAAGACCUCCAACAAUAGGAACAAACGCAACGGAGAUGCUGGCUCGAGCCACCAUGGACAACACAGUAACGCGGUUUCCGUUGGGCUUUCCGCCUCCCAGGCACCGCCCCGAGAUGCGAUCGAGCGAGCUUGCAGCAUGAAGGAGGAACUGUUGGCUCAGAUCGAGUCUCUGGGUGAGCGACUUCCGCCGAAUACGUUGGAUCAGCUGAUCGACGAGCUGGGCGGGCCUGAAAACGUUGCCGAAAUGACUGGGAGGAAAGGCCGAGUGGUACAAACCGAGGAUGGCGCCAUUCAAUAUGAAUCUCGGUCCGAGGUCGACGUACCUUUAGAAACCCUUAAUUUAACGGAAAAACAGAGAUUCAUGGACGGGGAGAAGACAGUAGCCAUAAUUUCGGAAGCGGCCAGCAGCGGCAUCUCCCUGCAGAGUGAUCGUCGGGCGCGGAAUCAGAUGCGUCGAGUUCACAUCACAUUAGAAUUACCGUGGAGUGCCGAUCGGGCGAUUCAGCAAUUCGGAAGGACCCACCGGUCUAACCAGGUCAACGCACCGGAGUACAUUUUCCUGAUAUCCGAUCUCGCCGGUGAAAGAAGAUUCGCCUCUAUCGUUGCGAAGCGUCUCGAAAGCCUCGGGGCGUUGACUCAUGGCGAUCGACGAGCCACGGAAACUCGUGAUCUCUCGCAAUUUAAUAUAGAUAACAAGUAUGGCAGAGCUGCCCUGGAAGCCACCAUGAAGACGAUAAUGGGAUAUGAACAACCGCUGGUGCCGCCUCCACAGGAUUACCGCGGUGACUUUUUCAAAGACGUAGCGGACGCGUUAGUGGGCGUCGGACUGAUUUGCAAUAGCGAAAACAUGCCCGGAGUAUUGACACUCGACAAAGACUACAACAACAUGUCCAAGUUCCUAAACCGAAUCCUCGGGAUGCCCGUGGAUUUGCAGAAUCGCCUUUUCAAGUAUUUCACCGACACGCUCAACGCGAUUGUCACGCAGGCAAAGAAGACCGGUCGGUUCGACAUGGGCAUCCUCGACCUCGGUACCUCGGGAGAGAACGUGCGUCGGGUAAAGAUUUAUCGAUUCCUGAGGAAACACGCCACGGGAACGGCGCCUACGGAGUUGCAUGUGGUACAUGUGGAGCGUGGUAUGAGCUGGUCGGAAGCCAAGGACCGCUGUUCCGAGCUGACCUCUUCAAAGGAGGGCUUUUACCUCAGCCAUCAAAUCAGGAAUGGAAAGCAAACAGCUAUCCUUGCAGUUGCCGUGGACUCUGGCAAGAAGAAGAGUGAAAGCAAAAAGGAUCAGCUGUUUAUGGUGUACAGACCGAAUACCGGGCUUCAACUUCGACAAGAGACUCUUGGCGAGCUCGAGAAGAAGUACAAGAAAGUGACCGAAGAAGAAGCCGAGUCGCAUUGGAAACAGCAGUACGAUGCGUCAGUAGACACGUGUUCCCACGCGUACUGGCGUGGUAAUUGCAAAAAUGUCACUCUUGGAAUGGAUUGCGAGGUUGGUCUUCGGCGGCGUUCCUACAACGUCCUCGCCGGAUCUGUAUUGAGUGUCUGGAGUCGGGUUGAAAGUGUCCUUGCCGCCCGUUCUGGACACAAUUCGAAGAUGCAGGUGGUGCGUCUUCGGACUGACGAGGGUCUCAAGAUCGUCGGCACGCUUAUCCCGAAGUCCUGCAUGGAGACUUUACGCCAAGCGCUCUCAACGGAUGCCGAGAAAACCGAGGAGCAGACGUUCCCUUCGUCUUAGAGAUAAGGACAAAGCGGAGCUGCCCAGCAGUAAUCUGGCACAGCAGUGACGUGGAUUCUACUCCGAUUUGUAGCCAAGUACCUUUGUAGGUUCCAGAUUGAAUCUACCAGUCUACGUUCGCCACGAAAAGGCACGUCGGUGAAUAAAAUGAAAGAUCGGAGAGCCACGAGCCACGAUCGUCGUUCAAUUCAUUAAAAAAGGAAAAAAAGAAAACGAAAUGUACGGUACGCGAACUUCACCGGGGAUGAUGUAGUUAGAAGAUUCUUUAUUUUAUUUUUUUUUUCUAGGCUGACGCUCUGGAGGACCCACGGUGACGAUUCCCCUAAACCUCCGGGCGACGUUGUUCCCCUUUCCCGUUCUCUACCUUCCCGUUUCUUUUCUUUUUUAAUUUAUCGCUAAGAUUUUUAAUCGCGACGUAAACAGCAGUGAUUUAAUUUAAUUGAGAGGAAAAAAAAGGAAGGAAAGAUGCAGUAAAUGAAACGGCUCGCUUCGAUCGAGUACAUGACUCUUCUCGAAUAGAGGCCAUAAGUUUUAAGUAUUCUCUGUACUAGACUCACCAAAAAUAAAAGUGUAAGGGUCGAAAGAGGUACGGCGGAGAAUAAAGAGAUCUCACGAGUUUAACAUGAGUGUGAGGCGCGAUUGUGAACUACUUCGUAUCGUUAGGUGAAAUUACGCUGCGACCUCGCGAAUUCUAUUCACGGGAUUAUGGGUCGAAGCCUAAAUUAAGUCUGCAAAAAAAAAAGACUACACUGUAAAAAAAAAGGGGGGGAUAUACGCAUUUUACCAAUGAUACACGGUGUAAUUUUACGAAGCGUUCGCAGAAAUUCUCUUAUAAACUCAGAAAAGAAUGCGUAACAAUAAAACUCAUACAUUGUAACGUAUUUUUCGUGAUUCGUAGUUCUGGAAGAGUGUAGAACCUUCUCCUGUAUUACCUUCGGUCAUUGAGUAACAUUUGUAUGGACAAUCUGAGUUAAACUACGCCUCGUUUGGUAUAAUCGUACUUUCCAUUCGUAAAGUUAUACUUUGUACCGUGGUUAACGUAUGUAAAGAUUUUUACAGGGUACAUACCAUCUUCCUACUUUGUCGUUACAUUACAGUGCAUCGCUACCACCACUGUCACCCUCACUAUUCAGUGCUAUAUUAUAGCUACAGUUACUACUGCUAUUUACUACUAACUGCUAUUCUAUAACUAUUAUUAUUAACGCUAUUACUACAGCAGCAAUUACUAUUAAACAUUAUUUAGACUCGCUGAGACACACGAUAUAUUUAUAUUGGAUGAAGAUGAACAUUGUGUAGUAGUUAUACUUUCCUCGUGUACUUGAGUAGAUGACUGUUCGUUUGUUUGUACGGUUGAGCGAAUAUUUGACGAGUGCUGAAAGUUGAAGGCUGUGCGUUUACGGUUUUUAAACGAGCCUUAA